UUGCCCUUUCCUUUCGAGUUGUCAAUUCAGCGAAGACGACGACGACGUGUGCGUGCAAAUUGUUUAUACUUUCGCGAAUAUAAAUAAUUAAAUAUUGAAUAAAACCAUGGCUUCCCAUCCGGUGUUCAUAGACCUGUCGUUGGAUGAGCAGGUGCAAGAACUACGCAAGUAUUUCAAGAAAUUAGGCGCUGAAAUCUCAUCGGAGAAGUCGAACAAAGGCGUUGAGGAUGAUUUGCACAAAAUUAUCGGCGUCUGCGAAGUUUGCUUCAAAGACGGAGAACCCGCCCAGAUUGACGGAAUCCUGAACAGCAUUGUGUCCAUUAUGAUAACGAUACCCUUGGAUCGUGGUGAGAACAUUGUUCUGGCCUACUGCGAAAAGAUGACGAAGGCGCCCAACCAGCCGCUGGCCAAAGUGUGCUUGCAGUCACUGUGGCGUCUGUUCAACAAUCUGGACACAGCCUCACCACUGCGCUACCAUGUCUACUAUCAUCUGGUGCAGGUGGCCAAGCAGUGCGAUCAAGUUCUCGAGGUUUUCACUGGCGUGGAUCAGCUAAAGUCGCAGUUUGCCAACUGCCCGCCAUCCAGUGAGCAGAUGCAGAAGCUGUAUCGUCUGUUGCACGAUGUUACCAAGGACACCAAUCUGGAGCUGUCUUCCAAGGUGAUGAUCGAGCUGUUGGGCACCUACACGGCCGACAAUGCGUGCGUCGCUCGCGAGGACGCCAUGAAGUGCAUUGUCACCGCUCUGGCCGAUCCCAAUACAUUCCUGCUCGAUCCUUUGCUGUCACUGAAACCGGUGCGCUUCCUGGAGGGCGAUCUUAUACACGAUUUGUUGUCUAUCUUCGUUUCGGACAAAUUGCCAUCGUAUGUGCAGUUCUAUGAGGAUCACAAGGAGUUUGUCAACUCUCAAGGCCUGAACCAUGAACAGAACAUGAAGAAGAUGCGCCUGCUGACGUUCAUGCAGUUAGCUGAAAGCUUUCCCGAGAUGACCUUCGACACUCUGACCAAGGAGCUGCAAAUUGGCGAGGACGAAGUGGAGCCAUUUGUCAUUGAAGUGCUGAAGACGAAACUGGUUCGUGCCCGUCUCGAUCAGGCCAACCGCAAGGUGCACAUCUCGUCGACAAUGCACCGCACCUUUGGUGCACCACAGUGGGAGCAGCUGCGCGAUCUGCUGCAGGCCUGGAAGGAGAACCUCAGCUCAGUACGCGAGGGCUUGACGAAUGUAUCAUCCGCACAACUGGAUCUGGCGCGCACCCAAAAGCUAAUACAUUAGAAAUACAAGAUACCAAGAUACCGCGACGUCAAGAUCAAAUAAAAAGCGCCGUGAAAAGUUUAUAUAUUAAAUUAUUAUUUGAGGAAAUGCGUGGAAAACCAAGCUUGAAUAAAUUUCUAAGUAAAAUCGAA